AUGGGUGACAAGGGACUGUGUUACAUUCAGAUCGGUCUGGCCGAAGGUUACUCGCACGCUUAUGCAAGUCUCUACGAAGUCCAGAAUGCUGCCAAUGCAGUUAUUUCAAAAUGUGAGACGGGCGACGAAUUGCAAGGCGGAAGUGCGACCAACAUGGGAGCUGACGGCGGACUUACCAUGUUUUUAAGUGCCUACCAAGCAGCAGUCGAAUGUCGUGGAACUUUCGGACCCCGCAAAUCCUGUGUGACUAUUUUGGACGACAUGGAGGUUACGCAAACAACCGAGGUAUUCGGCUCUAGAACUGAUCCUGCUGCAAAAGUCAGACUUCCAGCAAUUGUUGCAGCUAGGGACGGUAAAAGUUCGCUUCGUGUGUUGGGCAAUUCGGAUACGACGUCUUGGUAUCGGAUUUGGGAGGCUGCGAUGCUUGUCUAUUCAGUGUGUGUGAGAAGUGGAAUGGGAGGGAGCGUGAAAGGACUCGGUGAUCACGGCAAUAUCUUCUUGACGAUGACUGCUCGGACUGGCUCAUUGAGCAAUGUUACGCAGGUUACAGUUGCCAAACACGACUGA